CAUGUGCAUUCUUAGUCAGUGGCACGAUACGGUAUGUUGCUCAUACUUUCCGUUCUCGGGCUAGUAGUGUUCGAUUUGAUCGAUGCCGCCGGGCCGGCUAAGAAGUAUUACUCCAGCAAAUAUGAGCAUAUCGACGUGGAAGCUAUACUGAACAAUCGACGGAUGGUCAAGUACUAUUCGGCCUGUUUGUUAUCGAAAGGACCUUGUCCACCGGAAGGAGUCGAUUUGAAACGUAUCUUGCCGGAAGCACUGCAGACCAAUUGCGGGAGGUGUACCGAAAAACAGGCUGUCGGGGCCCUGCGAGUCAUAAAAAGGCUACAAAAGGAAUAUCCGAAGAUCUGGGUUCAGCUGAGCGCGCUGUGGGAUCCCGACGAGGUCUACGUGAAAAGAUUCGAAUCCUCGUUAGCCAGUGGUUCCAGUCCGGGAACAUUUAACAAUGUUAAACCUGUAGUUAUCACCGACAGGUUCCAAGGAGACGAAGGAUCGACGACUAUCAUGACGAAUGGAAUAGAUGGAAGUGCUACGACUAUAAUCACCACGAUAUCCGAUUUAAGCACUUCACCCUCUACCACGAGCACCAGUUCUAGCACUACGGUAUCCGCUAAGAGUACCGGUACUCCUAGCGCGACUACCAAGAGCACCAGCACUGCCCCGCCUACUAGGGACCCAUUUGAUAUUUUGUUAAUCACUAACCCACCAUUUAGGCCCAACGCGAGCUUUGACUUUAAUAUCGGAAGUAACAUCGGAGCAACGGUGAGUGGUUUGGUAAGAGGCAUAGGGGCUUUAGGCACUAGGGUGGUAGAGACGGGAGCUGAAAUUGCUGAUGUCGUUUUGAGGAGCAUCACCAGGCCAUUGAGUAUUUAAUUUCUAAUAGUCUUCAAUAACGCUUAUUUAUUUAUGUUAGCUUUUGAAACGUAUAAACUUUUAGAAGAAAUCUAGGCAUAACAAAAAGAAAAUCGGAAGCUUGCCCUUCACUGUCUUCGUCUGAGAUUGCACCCAGUAAUAUUGUUGCAACUGAUAGUUGUUAAAGAAUAACUUCUUCAAAAAUUGGUAUCGACUGUGAUAUGAAAAAUCAAUAAAGUUAUUUAGUAUCCUGGUACUUUGAUUUCGAAGUAAAGUACUUUUUUGAGUAUUUAUAUUUAGGAAACAAAAAAUAAUCAAAACUAAGCAUUUAAAUCUUAUAUGCCUUUUAACAAGUAACGAAAACUUAAAUUUACAAUUUUUGCUAUCACCAAUAGCCCGGUAAAUAAAUGAAACUGAAACAUCUAAAAAAUUGGUGCUAUCCUGUAUAGAAACAUCUCCUGAAUCCCGAAAAAAUAAUAUGCCACUUAAAAUUAAAAAAUUACUGUCAUUUUCGUAAAAACCGGAAGUGUAUGCAUUGACUUUUUGCACUUUCUUGUAUCACAGUGGUUGCAUACUCUCGGUGUUUAACUAUUAGGUAUAUUCAUUAUACCAGUGAACAACAUUUUUUAGAGAAAUUAUGUUUUUUUGGUAAAAAAAAACGUACACUGGACCCCGGUUUGUUUGUAUUGUUCUGUUUAGAUCGUUGCUUAGCAACGCCCACUGCGUAUUGUAAACACGUACGUGGUAAGUUUGUCGUUCAUUAAUUUG